AUGACGUGCUGCCGCGUACUUGUCUUUAUGCUGCUCUUGCUCUUCACAGCCUGUGCAGUGUGCUCCAUUGUGUUCCCACAGUUCCGCAAGACGAUUUCCAACACCACCAGCCCCACAGACACCGUGCACCUCUGGUACCGCCAGUCAUCCAGGUCGGUUGCAGAUGUGCAGGGUGUGGUGAUGUCCCGUACGUACUCGUACCGCCUACUGUGCCUCCAGGGGCAGGUAUGCUACACAGUUGCGGCUGCGCUGUCGGUGGCUGCAGCCACUUUUAUCGGGGCUUCUACGUUGUUUGCCGCGUGCUGGAUCAGCGCAUACAACAAUGACGGCCUCUUCGUCACGAGCACUUUCAUGACGUUCAUGUCUUUUACUUGCUCCAGCGCCACCUUGGGCUUGAUGGUGUACACCUAUACGACGACGCUCUGUCCUGACGAGGAGACGCAGAUAUGUGCGGCAAAGAGGGAUGGGUAUGCUAUGGCGGAGGGAUUCUACCUGCUCUGCACGACGACCGUCGGCACGUUCAUCUGUUUCAUCAUCGGCUUUGGUCUCUGCUGCUCUGUUUUGUGCUGCGGUAGCGAGAUCAAGGACGACGACUACGCGUAA